CUUUUUUCUUUGGACGUAUUGAUCUUUUACAUACCAAUUAUAUUUUUUUUAAAAAAUAAUGUCGGCCUUGUUUAAUUUUCAGUCGCUAAUGCUAGUAGUGCUGCUCACGAUCUGCACAUGCACGUACGUGCGUGCACAAGCACCGGCGCUGAUAGACCGCAAUAAGGCGGGUGUCAUGGGCCUGUUCUGGAAGAGCGCUAGGAUAGGAGAGCGUCUAAGCCCGUAUGUGUCACUGGCCUGCGUUGUCAUGGCGUUCCAACUCAUCAUGUACUAAUUUUUUUAUUUAAUAAAAGUUCUUUUAUUCUCCAGGUAAUAAAUGAAUAUAUAAAUGA